AUGUUCCUGAGUGCUAUAGGCUGUAAAACAUCACGCUACGAUGAAAUGGAGCUGCGCAGCAGAAUGAACUACACAGCAGAGAAAUCACCCUUAUCGCAGACGCCGGUCACUCGGGAGAAGAUGGAUAAAUGGGUGGACGCCCAGGUCAAGGGGGAGAAGUUGGACAUCGAUGUCUACGGGAAACCGACAGACAAGAUGCUGAAGGAACUGGAGAACGUCAGGAAUUUAAGCAAAGAGCUGCAGGACAAUCUUCAUGAAUUGGAGAACUCAGUUCGCAUUGCCGAAGUGGAGAACCAAGCUAUGAACCCAACAGCUCAGAUCCUGGACUUCUCAGAAGACCAUGAGUUCGUGCCCGACAACAAGGACACUUACUACGCAGAAGAAGACAAAUUGGACGCUAAAGAAGAGGAGAAGAAGAAGCUAACUAAGGGUAAAGGCCCUAAAACUGAGAUCCAAGAGUUUUAUAAGGAUCAGUGUGUGUUUUUGACUGGUGGUACAGGAUUUUUGGGGAAAGAACGAAGGUAUCCAACCAGCAUGAUACAAGUGUGGGAGAGCCAUGCUUCGGCACGAAUGGGUCGGCUCGACCGGAGUGAUACCACGGCCUCACAGAAAACCGGCGUGAAACAACCACAGCGUUGUGUUUCGCCGUUUCUUGUUUACGAAGUGUGGGAGAGCCAUGCUUCGGCUCGAAUGGGUCGGCUCGACCGGAGUGAUACCACGGCCUUACAGAAAACCGGCGUGAAACAACCACAGCGUUGUGUUUCGGCGUUUUUAAUAGAAAAGCUGAUUCGUUCCUGUGGUGACAUCAACACUAUUUAUGUUUUGGCAAGAAAUAAGAAAGGCAAGGAUCCUAGAGUACGGCUGCAUGAAAUGAUGGAUGAGUUUCUUUUCCACAGAGCUCAUGAAGAGAAUCCAAAGGGAAUUCACAAAGUGGUCCCGAUAUUAGGAGAUAUGGAACUGCCGGGAUUAGGCAUCAAUGAAGAAGACAGGAAGAUGUUAGCAAGCAAGGUUACAAUAAUUAUCAACGCUGCUGCUACAGUGAAAUUUGACGAAAAACUCUCAGUUUCUACGGCAAUAAAUGUGAAAGGGACUAAAGAAGUCCUAAAAUUGGCUAAGGAGUGUCGGAACCUGAAAGCCAUCACCCAUGUCUCCACAGCUUUCUCAAAUACACAAGUCAAACAUAUUGAAGAAAAGUUUUACGAGCCCCCAAUGUCAGUGGAAGCUCUGGAAGCUAUUUCGGAAGUUGAUGAAAAACUGGUGGAAAGCAUUUUACCUACACUUCUAGGAUCUCGUCCGAACACCUAUUGUUUUACCAAAGCCGUAGCUGAAGAGGCUGUCAGGACUUAUGGGGAAGGACUCCCGAUCUGCAUCGUCAGACCUUCCAUAGUUGUAUCUACAUAUGAGGAGCCCGUGCGAGGGUGGACGGACAGUGUCUAUGGACCUACAGGGCUGGUCGUCGGUAUCGGAACUGGGGUUCUUCGUACUAUGUAUAUGGAUCAGGAGAAGGUGGCUGAUAUGGUGCCAGUGGAUCUCUGCGUCAAUGCCAUCCUCGCCUCAGCCUGGCACACUGCCAAGAAUUAUAAGGAAAACCAAACUUCACACAUACCUAUUUACAACUUCGUGUCUGGAGCGCAGAAUCCCCUAACUUGGGGAGAGUUUAUCGAGAGGAACCGCAAAUAUGGCAUCGAUAAACCAACCACCAAGGCUGUCUGGUACUACGGCUUAAAUCCGACGAAUAAUUAUUAUUUGUUCCUUUUCUACAACUUUUUCCUGCACUACUUGCCGGCUUUGAUGAUCGAUACAUACUGUGCUAUCACCGGAAAGAGACGAGCAAUGCUGAAGCUAUACUCAAAAGUAAUGAAGCUCGCGAAUAUAUUGUUCUAUUUCUCGACUCAAGAUUGGAAGUUUUCUGAUAUGAAUGUAAGGAAUAUGUGGAACUCGCUCUCUGACGCUGAUCGUGUCAUUUUCCCGUUCAGCAUAGGAGAAAUGUCCUGGGAAUACAUGUGUGAAACAUUCCUAGUUGGUCUACGAGUGUACCUUAUAAAAGAUGAUCUUUCAACUUUACCUGAAGCCAGGAAGAAGUGGAACAAGUUAUUCUACCUCCAUCAAACCCUGAAAGCCAUCACGUUGUCUCUAGUUGUUUACUUAACUUACUUUGUUUUACAGCCAAUAAUCGCUCUUGUGUUCAACUGAAAUUAUAUGAAGCUAUAAAUUGGUAUAAAAUUGACUAUAAACUAAGUAACUUGAUAUAAUGAGAGCUAAUGUUUUUUCUGCUCAAUAGAUGGCGUUAGUGUGCACUUGUCGUCUUUUCGUCCAAUAGGAAAUUAGCUAUGGUCUGUUAGUUUAAUAAACUUAGAGCAGAUUUUUCAAUGGUUUAAUAAACGUUACCUGGGGAAUAAUUAUGAUGCUGUCGCGUCAGAAUGUUUGUAUAAGACAGUGACAGCAACAAUUUUAUUCCUCAGAUAACAUUUAUCUGACUAUUGAAAAAUCAGCCCUAAAUGACUUAAAAUGUUAGCAUGUCUUUUUAUCCAAAAGCUUUUUAAAAUGUACAUGUAAAAAUGUUUACAAUUUAGUUUCGACCUGAAUCGAUGUUAGCUAAUAAGCUAAAUUUAAAUAAUAUUUGUAUGUUUUUUAUACGACCUCUUCAAUAAAAUAUAAAAAGAUACAGCGAAAUUGUUUACCUUUAGGUAACCACCUAAACUGGUAGAUCAUAGUGUAUUACUAUUGGUCACUCAAAUUUCAUGAGUAACGGUGAUUGUCCAAUUACAAAUAAAUAAAUCGCGCUACAUUAACGCCAUCUUGUGAGCAAAAACGUUAGUUCUCAUUAUAAAUACCUACGUCCGAUGAAUUUUUAUUACAAUUUUU